CUUUCAGUAGAAAUCCGUUGGCCGCGCAAAUCGCACGAUCGCUUGCGGGCGGGCUAAAAUCGAAGAGAUACCAAAACAGAUCAAAACAACAGAAGCCCCCAAGAGAAAAAAAGGUGGAAAAGACAUACUCCAACAGAUCGGUUCGGCGGACUGAGAAAUACGCAAAAUUGAUGGUUAAAAUAAAUAAAUAAAUGAGUUUUCGGUGCGCGUUGAAAGUGCAGUGCGCGUUUCACAAGGCGGAUCGCGAUUCCUGUAUUCAUAAUAACAAUGCCCAAAAGCAUAAGACACAAAUCUGCUAAAUUAUUUCGAAAAUAACCUGCAGCAAGCAAAAGUAUCAGCAGCAGCAGUAGCAGCAGCAUUAGCGGAAAACUCAUUAAUUUUCCAAAUACCUCGAAAAAAAACAAAUCGGAGAAAACACACGCCAACGGAAAUACACCUGCCGUCGCAAUCAGAAAAUCCAUCUAUCUGCGGAGCAGAAAAAAAGCGCGUGGAAAUUGGAAAACUUGGAGAACUCAGGGAAGACGAGAAGAUGACUACGCGCGGCAUUCGGCGUAAGAAGUCCACGCUGACGGAGUUGAAGUUGGCCGUGAUCGGGGCACCCAGUGUUGGCAAGAGCGCCCUAAUUGUGCGUUUCUUGACAAAGCGUUACAUCGGCGAGUACGAUCAUCAGACUGAGAAUCGCUAUAAACACGAGGCGAUGGUGGAUGGCGAGCCGGUGCUCUUCGAAAUACUCGACACAUGUCCCAAGGCGGAAGAUGAAUAUCCCAAUGCAGCUGAACUCGUUCAAUGGGCCGAUGGCCUACUUCUGGUCUACUCCAUAACAGAUCGCAAGAGCUUCAACUAUAUUCGCCGUGCCAAAUCCGAUCUUCAGUCCGAUACUCCCGUCCAGCUUUGUGCGAACAAAGUGGACAUGGUGCACUUGCGCCAGGUGAGCCGAGAUGAGGGCGAGAUCCUGGCCAAGGACUUCGAGUGCAAGUUCAGCGAGGUCUCCGCCGCCGACCACGUGGACCAGGUGGCCGAGGUCUUCAACGAGCUCUGCAAGGAGGUGCUGGCCUCCAAGCGCAAGUCCAAGCAGAGUCUGCUCGAACGGAUGCUCGGCGGAGCACGUCCCUACAGCCGAGGGAAGAGCGACAGCAAUUUGCCAAAAGACUGAUAGCGGUGAUGGUUCUUAAUGUAAAUAAAUGUAAAUUUUUCUAAAAUUUAAUGGGACUUUUAAAUAUAUAUUUUUUUUAACAAGAAAGAAAACUUGCAGUCUACAAAAACUAAUGAUGCAGUUUCUUAGGGGACUAUCCCAAAAUCACUUUGAGGAAGACCAAUCCAAAAUCGGACAUC